AUGGUUGUCAGCUCCAUCGUCCGUCGCGGUGUGGAGUUUGCCUUCGAGCACCUCCCAAAGGAGCCUUCCAAGCAGCCGCCCAAGAGCCAGUUGUCGGGAUGGUUCGUCGCCCUCUUUAUCGCGACUCUCGUCGCCUUUGUUUUGAUCUCUUGGUCGAUCGAAUAUACCUACGGCAUGGUGGUGACCACCCUCACGGCGGUUGAAGAUAGCAACCCCGAUGUUUAUGUCCGCAUCGAUACCGACAUAAAUCCCGACAAGUCUGUCGACCCCGCUGAGCCCGAAGUGGAGGCUGUUCGUCCCAUGCCCAUUACCAGCAAACUUCGCACCACCGUCAAGCAUCUCCGGGCCCGCGCUGGCCCCUGGUCCCGAUUCCGCGGCUUGAGCAUGUUCCUGACAUACACUGCGAUCUCGAGCUUCUUGCUCGGAUUGAUGCCGUUCUCCAGUACCAAUUUCAUUGGCCAGGGCAUCUAUCUGACACUCGUCGGGACACUCCUGUCGAACUUUCAGUUGGCGUGGGUCCACAUUGUGAUCUCGGAGCCGUCCGCCAAGCGCUUCUACCAGCGUAUCCCCGGCUACAAGUCCUGGUUGAAGAUCGCCCCCGUUGCUGCUUUCGAGCAGGCCGCUUGUGCCCUUGCCUUCUAUCUCCCCCUGAUCAUCAUCAAGGCCUGUGGCGGCCUGGACGAGUUGGCCUCGGCUCCUGAAAACAAUGUUCCCCCCUCCAAGGCUAUGUGGCACGCGUGUGCCGUUAUCGCUGCCCCUGCCCUUUUUGCCUUCACGGUCUCCAUUCCCGCCCGGGUGAUCUUCAUCCGUGUCGCUGCUUCCAUGCUCCCUGAGGAGGACGAGACUAUCGUGCCCAUGGACCGCUCUUUUGGCGGCAAAGUGACCCCUGCCAUUCUUGGAGGCAGCGGUAAGUUGAGCAUCACUGAUGCCUGGAAGACCUUUGACCGCGCUUCUCGCGUCCGGUUCCUGAAGGUCGUGUUCAAGGUUUUCGCCAUCGAAUUCAGCGUGGGCCUGUUCUUCUCUCUGAUCCUCACCGGGGAGUUGUUGAUCGGAGCCGAUACUUUCAUGAAGAUCUUCGCCGACAUGGUUUCUCGUAACGGUGCUUAA